UCAAAUUUUCAUAUUUUAAUGCUUUAUAGUUGGUUUAUUAUUAAUCCCAAGUAGUAUGUAUUUUAAAAGCUGCUGGGUGUGUAUAAAAGAAAGCUCCCCUUUGCACACUUUAGUCUUAUCCUCAAAACCAAAACAAAAUUGUUCUCUGAAAAUGGCUUCCCCUAAAUUGGCAGCCAUUGUCGUGGUGGCCGCUUUGGUGCUAUCACUCUCUCACGCCCAGCUUUCCCCUUUCUUCUACGCCUACACAUGCCCUCAGCUGCCUUUCCUUGUUCUUAACGUUGUUGCCCGAGCUCUACAAGCUGACGAUCGAGCUGCUGCCAAGCUCAUUCGCCUUCAUUUCCACGAUUGCUUCGUCAAUGGGUGUGAUGGAUCAGUGCUAUUGGUGGACGUACCGGGUGUCAUUGAUAGUGAAUUGAACGGACCUCCAAAUGGUGGAAUCCAAGGAAUGGACAUUGUCGACAACAUAAAAGCAGCAGUUGAAAGUGCUUGCCCAGGCGUUGUUUCUUGCGCUGACAUCUUAGCCAUUUCUGCGCAAAUCUCUGUUUUCUUGUCGGGAGGACCAAUUUGGGUAGUACCAAUGGGAAGAAAAGACAGUAGGAUAGCCAAUAGAACCGGAACCUCAAACCUGCCUGGUCCCUCCGAAACUCUAAACGGACUUAAAGCCAAGUUUGGGGCUCAAGGGCUUGAUUCUACAGAUCUGGUGGCUCUAUCAGGAGCCCACACAUUCGGGCGAUCAAGAUGCCUUUUCUUCAGUGAUCGACUCAGCAACUUCAACAGAACUGGCAGACCCGACCCGACGCUUGACCCAACGUACAGGGAGCAGCUACGGAGGCUGUGUACGACCCAAGAAACACGAGUGAAUUUUGACCCAACCACACCCACCAGAUUCGACAAAGCCUAUUACUCAAAUCUGAUCAGCCUAAAGGGGCUUCUCCAAAGCGACCAAGAGCUCUUCUCAACCCCCAGGGCCGAUACCACAGCCAUCGUCAGAAGUUUCGCCGCAGACGAGCGUGCAUUUUUUAAACAAUUUGUGAAAUCUAUGAUCAAAAUGGGGAAUCUCAAGCCUCCUCCCGGCAUUGCAUCGGAAGUCAGAUUGGACUGUAAGAGGGUUAAUCCGGUGAGGGCCUACGACGUUAUGUAACUUCAAACUUUCCUCGUCCCUUCCACUUUUGUUGUCGUAUCUUUAUUUUAAACAUGGAGUGUGUGUGGAAUUUAGAACAGGGGCAAAUUGUGGUUU